AUGGCCCGGAACGAAGUUAAGCACAAUAAUGGCAAAGCUAUUUUUUCUUCUGUUUUCUCCAAUAUUUUACCUUAUAGCCUUAUAGUUUUCAAGUUUUGUGGCAUGAAGGGCUCUUUCUACUCUGAUAUCAAUUAUUUUGGCUCUUUGGGUCAUUCUACUCCGGGACGGAUGACACUGUCGCACCUACCAACAUUGGUUAGAUGGCGUCCUCCGUCUUUGGGGAUGGUGAAGAUAAAUACGGAUGGAAGUUGGAGUUGCGGUGGUGCUGUUUUUGGCGGAGUUGCUAGAAACGAUAAGGGGUAUUGCAUUUUAUACAUCGCAUCUCCUUGCUAUGAUGACUCAGCUUUACAAGCGGAAGCCCACACAAUUUUAAUGGUGGUUAAUAUUGUCAUUUUAUUGAAUUGGCAUAACCUUCAAAUUGAGACUGAUUCUAAGAUUCUCUAUGAGAUUUUAAAUCUAGGUAUGCAGGUGUCGUGGGACAUUUCGUACUUUAUUAAUCGAAUUAACCGGGUUCCUUCUUCUAUUACUAUCGCCUGUAGCUUUAUUCAUAGGAAGGGUAAUAGGUCGGCAAAUUUGGCAGCUAAGCUGGGUGAUACGACGCCUUCCAUUAUUGUGGGAACGGUUCCACCCCCUCCAUUAAAAGUUUUGAUUGAUGGAGAUUCCCUGGAUGCAUCUUAUGUUCGAAAAG